ACCAGACAUUAAAACCCAGGCCUGAAUUUAAAACCAUAGAACAACGAAGACGAAGACGACGAGAACAACAAAUUAGUAAAUGUUAAUGAAACUCAAUUAAAACACGAAUAAAGAAAUACCCAGACUAGCUUUCUUUUUUCCUUCAACGAUGAAUGUCUCUUCAAUCGGUGAGUCGAAUCGACUCGGCCUCCACGACUCGUAUCGACCUUUGCCUGCACUUUACUUGGGUUUCCUUUCCAUCUGGUUCUUCUCCGCUUGUUCUUGGACUUUCAACACUUUCAAAAACCGCCACUUCCAGAUAAAUAAUUUACAAUGGACUCUUGCAUCUGUACCAUUGAUUAAAGCUUUGCAACUCAUGCUAUCUUUCCUUUUCUGGUAUUCGUGUGUUUAUCUUGAGCUAUGUUCACUAUGGAUGUCAUUCGGGGUGUAUAUAACUGGAGUGCUCUUUCAGACGGUUUCAUUCGUUUCCUUUUUGCUCAUCUCUCAUGGAUACUGCAUCACCUGCGAACGCCUUUCCGUGACAGAGCGUCGAACUACUGCCGCACUCGGAUGUGUAUUUUACUUAACUCUUGUUGGCUACCGAGCAUCUGUACCUUAUUUCACAGUUCUCUUACUGCUUAAUUACAUGAUUUCUUUCUAUGUAAUUUUUCGCCAUAUAUCGCAAAAUCUGUUAGUGUUGCGGGAACAAUUGACCUUUAUGGGGGAUGAAGAUGUCCAACCAAUGCGUGAUGCUGUUUAUAUGAAGUACAGGAUGUUAAAGUAUGAAAUUCAGGGUGCUAUGCAAAUAGUUGCAAUGGCCGAAGCUAUGUUAUACAUAAACAUCGAUGAUUCCUUGGAGAAUUAUUGGUUUCGGUUAUUGGUUCGAGAAUGGGUUCAAUUCUGCAUCUUUAUGUUCAUUGGGUGGACGUUUAGGUCACAAGAACCAACACCACGGUUUUCAGUUAUGCCAACGUUGAAAUCUAAAGUGGAUUUAGCGGUUCCUCCGAUCUAUCGUGUAGAAAUGGAUGCAAUGACAUUUCAAGAGUUUCAAAGACAUGAAUGGCACAUCGGUGUGCCAACUUCCGUCCAAGACGAAAGGUCAAGAGAUUCAGUCUUGGUAAUAAUUCAGCAUCCAAAUACAUAUCGGCCGACGAAACUACUUUCAUCGAGAAAACAGACAGUUUAGCUUCUCAAAAGCUGCUGAUUUUCCACCGGAGGACCGUGUUGAUGCAAAGAGUCACACGCAAAGCAUAGAUUAAUAACCCCAAUAUGAUCAGAAGCAAAGUAUUAUACCGUAAUUAACAGAGAUUUUUCUUACAAAAGAAGAGAGAAUUAAAUGUCAAAAUUCAUUGAAAUGGGGUUAGAGAGUAUAAUAUUUCCCAUUAUACAUAUUUGGUAUCCAAAUAUUUAUAUUAAUUACAAAUUGUACAU